AUGGAAGGUCUUUACUUUAACAUCGAUUACGGGUAUCUCGACGGAAUUGUCAGAGGGUACAAAUCUGGACUUCUUGGAGGUAACCAGUACGUCAACUUGACGCAAUGUGAUAACUUGGAGGAUUUGAAAUUACAACUUUCAUCUACCGAUUAUGGGAACUUCUUAGCAUCACACUCAGGACCUUUAUCGACAUCAAUUAUUCAGGAUAACCUUUCCAAAAAAUUAUAUCAGCAAUUCCAAUACUUGAAAAGUCAGCUGUCGGGAAAAUUGGCCAAGUACUUGGACUAUAUCUCGUACGGUUACAUGAUUGAUAACGUAUCGUUGAUGAUCACAGGAACGUUACACGACAGAGAUUGUCUGGAAAUCUUGAAGAAAUGCCACCCGUUGGGCUGGUUCGACACGUUGCCCACUUUAUCAAUUGCCACUGAUAUUGAGCUGUUGUACAACACUGUCUUGAUUGACACUCCAUUGGCUCCCUUCUUCAAGAACUGUCUCACGGCUGAUGACUUGGACGACUUGAACAUUGAAAUCAUUAGAAACAAGUUGUACAAGAACUACUUGGAGUCCUUUGUAGAAUUCGUGUCCACUGAAUUCGGGCAGCCAGACCUUGAAAUUAUGGAAAGAUUGUUGAACUUCGAGGCCGAUAAGAGAGUGAUUAACAUUUCAUUGAACUCAUUGAAUAACCCAGAUUUGACUUCAGAAGACAAAUUGAGCUUGUUCCCUAACUACGGGAAGUUGUAUCCAAAUUUCCACCAACUGUUGAGUGAUGCCGAAGACGUGGAGCAGUUAAAGUCUAUCGUGGAAUCCGUUGGUGAGUACCAAGACUUGUUCUCCGAUGUACAAGAUAGUAACUCCGGCAGCUCCAAGAACUUGGAAGAUUGGUUUUACUUGUUGGAAAUGAACUACUGUAAGAACGCCUUUACCCAGCAAUUCACCUUGAGUGCCAUCUGGGCCUGGUUGAGGUCCAAGGAACAGGAAAUUAGAAAUGUUACCUGGAUCGCUGAAUGUAUUGCUCAAAACCAGAAAAAUAGAAUCGAUAACUACAUUAGUGUCUACUGA